AUGUCGACUCCACCGAUCCGACAGAAUGCGGCCACGCCAUCGAAGGGUGCUGUCUCAACACCGGACAAGAAGCCAUCAGCGUACGUCGUUACCUCAACCAUCAAAGCAUACACUCUGCACAAGGAUCUCCUCUGCUUCUACUCCGACUACUUCCGUGCCGCAUUCAAUGGAUCCUUCAAGGAGGCUACAGAACGCAAGCUCGAAGUCUCCGAUGUGGAAAAACAUGUAUUCGAAGAAUUCCAAGUCUGGCUCUACACGCGCAACCUUCCUGAAAUGAAAUCCGACAAUCUGGAAUCAUACUUUUCUUCCCUUGUUGAGAUCUGGAUCUUCGACCAACACCAAAUACCUCUUCUCCAGAACCAAGUCAUGGACAUGAUCUUUGACAAGUGGAAGACAACAAAGACCUUCACUCCUCGCAUAAUCCCAGAGAUAUAUGCAAAGACCUUGGCUGGCUCGCCGUUGCGAAAGGCGUGCAUUGAGAUCGUGGCAUGGAGCACACAACUUGAAGACAAAUCGGGUGCUUUCAUGACUCCUGGAGCAGAGGUGUGCUGGACAAGCGAGAGCCUCAUAGAUUUGGUACUCGCACUCAACCAGUCACGCCUAAGCAAGGACGUCAAAUUUCCUGUUCUUCCCAAGAGAGACAAGUGCUUCUUCCAUGUUCAUGGCAAGGACGGGCAUUGUUGA